GUAUUACGGAGUACUUUAUAAUUUUUUUUUAUAAAAAUAAUACUAAAAUUAUUAAAAUAGUUAUUAUCCACAAUUUGACUUGGAACUAUUAUUGGAAGGAAGGUCAGUGCAAAGUGAAGACUCUGUCUUCAAAGAGCAGAAACAAUGAGCAGCAAAUCUCCGGCGCCGAUCACCGCCCUCCUUCUCCUCCUGUUGUUCAUUGCUACCACUCAGAAGACUUGCCUGAGUUUCCAGUCCGACGAGCUUCUCGUCGAAGACGAAGAUUUCGGCCUCGAAGGAGGGAUAGAGAUCAGAUCUCCUCAUCCUGAUGUCGCCACUGCAUCGCCAUCUCCACCUUCUCGUGUUCAUUCCCCCGGAAAGAAAUCUUCUGCUGCCGACGGCGAUUCCAAGGUCCAGUUCUAUUUGGAACACGCAUUCGGAGGCUCCGAUUUUUCACCGGCAGGCACCUUCACCGCUCGCCUCAAAACCUCUUCUCACAGCGGCCAGAAGCUCACAAAACUCCGCUUCUCCAGAAGUUCUUUUACUGAGGUCGAGAAAGAAAAUUUCAGAAAACUCUUGGAAAGCGAUGAUUUUUAUACCAUAAGACUGCCAUCGAAUGUGUUGAACCAACCUGGAAAGGAGUAUGUGGUCUCAUCAGUAAAAGCUAGGUGCCUUCCCCGGGAUGGUUUGGACGAACACUUUGCCAUACACAUGGAGGGUGUCAACAUUAUUGGUGUUAGUUAUGGUUCUCCUGGUUCAUGUCCGUAUCCUCGUCCGUUUAAAGUUCCUUCAAAGUGGUCCUUUAACUCGUACACGGUAUUAAAAACAACCGAGCAGGCUACCAAAACUCCAAUACUUGCAGAAACUGUGGCUGAGAAUCCAGAAGGCGAAGACGUAAAGCCGCCUGAAAAAUCAUUCUGGGCUAAAUAUUGGAUGUAUCUGAUCCCUCUGGGCCUCAUAGUCAUGAACGCAGUCACCCAAGCCAUGAAUAUGGCCGAAGAACAGACAACUGGGCAUGCUCCUGCUCCCGGCCAAAUCCAACAACCAACCGGUGGUGGGGUUCAACGCGGGCAAAGUAGUGUGGUCCGAAGAAGAUGAUGGGUCGUGGAAGGUUUGUUCCCAAAUUGCCCUCUGUCUCAUCACAAUAUUUAAUGUGUGCAAUUUGCAAGUAAUCGAGUUAGAGUUUCUCGUGUCAACAUAUAUCUAUGUAGAAUGACACAAUGAAAGGAUUCCUCUCUUUUUUUCCCCUAGUCUUUUCAUGCUCUGCUAGUUACAAGGCCUAAACAUAAAAGUUGAAGCAAUUAGUGUUUUUUUUUAAUUUCAAAAUGUAAAGUACUACCUUGGACACCUGCAAUGCGGGUUGUUUCAGUUCUUUCUACUCAAGCUUUCUUGAAAGUUGAAACUCUAUUGUGAACUUGAGUUGUGAUGAAAUGAAUUUUGGAGAAUGUA